GCACAGCGUACGCUGACCUGGGAAUUAAAGGUACCGGUACGGUUGCCCGGAUGACAUGAAAACGAUUUGGCGCUAGUAAUACCGUAGACGUUGUUAAGAUUGUGACAAGUGGUACGGGAAAUUCAGGCUCAGCUCUAGUUAGUGUCGUUGCCAAGCUAGGGAAACAUAAACGUGUAGCGGUCUAAGUAUAUAAGUUAAGCAUCGGUUCCAUCUUCCAAGCUAAGACAAGGACACCUACAGCUAGACCAUGGCAAGUAAGUUUGUAGAGCAUGGAGUUGUACCAGAUGUAAUUGACCAGGAACCCAAUGCCAUAGCAACAGUCACAUGGUCCACAGGGGUGGAGGCUAACCUUGGAAAUAUUCUAACUCCUACUGUUGUAAAGGAUCCGCCAACAAUCACAUGGCCAACGGAAGAGAGCACUCUUUACACAGUGAUCAUGACUGAUCCAGAUGCUCCAAGCCGUGCAGAUCCUAAAUUUCGUGAAUGGAGACAUUGGGUGGUAGUCAAUGUCCCUGGGAUAGAUGUCAGCAAAGGUCUUGUAUAUGCCCCAUAUAUUGGCUCAGGUCCUCCUAAAGGCACAGGUUUACAUCGCUAUGUCUUCCUAGUAUAUAAGCAACCAGGUGAACUUCAGCUACAGGAUCCACUACUUCAAAGAACAAUCAAAGAUCGAGGUGCAACCAAAACAAGAGAGUUUGUAACAAAAUACAACCUUGGUACACCUGUGGCUGGAAACUUCUAUCAGGCUGAGUGGGAUGACUACUGCAUUCAACUUAUGAAGGAAAUUACUCAGUAAAUUACAUGGACUUAAAGGUUGAAAUAAUCCCAUGUUAUUAGGGUAUAUAAGCCUUGUUUUCCAACAUAAUACAAAAUUUAGGUUUCACCUGAAAUAAAUGGCAUUACCUUUUAAUGGAAAAGUCAGAAAUUAUUUUCGGAAUUUAUGAAAUACCUUUCAUGGGUUAUGUUCAAGUACUAUGGUCAAUUUGCAUUCAUUGCUAGACCUGGGCUGGGCUUCAUCUUUACAAAGAGUUGCGAUUGAUCAUAUCAACCUCAUCUAUAUGGAUAUCCAUCAAUUUCAUAAUUUUUCCUACAGGACAUUUGCACAAU